AUGGUUUUCUCUUCAAACCCCAAUCCCAAACAACACCAACGAAUCGCUGUUGGAAGUUUCAUCGAAGAAUACACUAACCGCGUCGAUAUCCUCUCUUUCAACCCCGAUACUCUCUUCAUUAAACCUCAACCUUCACUUUCAUUCGAUCACCCUUAUCCACCUACCAAACUCAUGUUCCACCCUGCAACCCAUUCACCCCUUCAGAAAACAUCCUCCGACCUCCUCGCUACCUCCGGCGACUAUCUCCGCCUCUGGGAAGUUCGUGAGAAUUCCGUCGAGGCUCUUUCACUUUUUAACAACAGCAAAACCAGCGAGUUUUAUGAUCCGUUAACCUCCUUCGACUGGAACGAAAUUGAGCCGAAACGCAUCGGAACUUCGAGUAUAGACACGACUUGGACUAUCUGGGACAUUGAAAGAGGGGUUGUAGAAACUCAGCUUAUUGCACAUGAUAAAGAGGUUUACGAUAUAGCUUGGGGGGAAUCGAGAGUUUUCGCUUCUGUUUCUGCUGAUGGGUCUAUUAGGAUCAUUGAUCUAAGAGACAAAGAACAUUCUAUUAGGAUCUUCUGGCUAUGA